ACAAGUGGAUAGUUUUUUAUAUGCACGUUUUAAUAUAUGUAUACGUCCCCAUUGACUUUUCAACUUUUCAUCAUCUUCCAUUAAUUCAUACCUAUAAGGCUAUAAGUAGCUUCGGAUCUUGAUCGUGUUUAAAAACCAAAACAAAUUAUGAAUAUGGCAACUUCCAUUGUCACUUGUAGUGUAAUUGCCACUCCCCAUAAAAACACUUUUGAUCCUUUCUCCUCAUCCUCCUCCACCACCGCCAUAUCCACCGUAUCACUGCCAAAACUGACCGACGUUGAUGGGUGUUUCUCUUCCGCUAACCGCAGGUAUCUCACCUCCGGCAGCCAGAUUUCUCGUCGUCGUACCAAGUCAAAGAUGGAGUUUAUCGUCUAUGCCAGUGACCAAAUCGGAGAUCUCCUCCCCUUGGGAAUUCAUUUGCCCGAUUCUUGGCCAGCAUGGACUCCUGGAUUUCUAUUGGCUGUAAUCGUACCCUUCUUCACCAAUAAAUGGGGGCCAUUUGCGAAAUUCAAAGAGGAGCUGGACAAGGUGGAGGAGGCGGUGGACAGCGUGGCGGACAGAGUGGAAGAGAUGGCGGAGAAGGUGGAGCAUUUCGUGGAUGAAAUAGGAAACGAAUUGCCGGAAGGCAGUGUUUUAAAAUCAACUUUGGAAAAAGUUGAAAAUAUUGCUGAUAAAAUAGGCAAAGAUGCUCACAUGGUUUCUGAUAUAGUUGAUAAGAUGGAUGAAAUGGAAGCAAAAGUGGAGGAUAUGUUCAACAAAAAGACAAAUCAAGGAAAUUCUACCACGAAAACAAAUGACGUGAGCGCAGAUGUGAAGACACAAUCGACAAAUUUAUGAGAUACAUAAAAAUCCAGUGACCAUAUUUGUACAACUUUGAUUCUUGUGGCUAUUAAUAUAAAAAUUAAUUUUAGGGUAAUCUAAGAUUGUAGGUUUCAUUUGUUGGUUUCACUUUCAUUUCGUUUAAUUUUUGUAUGUUUUCCUCAUGGCACAUUUAAAUUUAUGUGAUUGAUAUCAUAAGACCCUAUCAACUUUUUAUGAGUCCCACAACUUAUAAAUUUG